GGGGUUUAUUGUCUCCCCCCGCCCCCCGCCCGGCUCGCCACGCCGCGGCGAUCAUGGCCGCGCGGGCAGCGGCGUCGCGGGCGAGCAGCGGCGAGCGGCGUGCGCCCCCCGGGCCGCGGCCGUCGCCCGGGGCCCGGGACCCGGAGGCGGGGGCGCGCGGCGCGGCGGCGGCGGCCCCGGGACCCACGCUGGGGGGCGGCGACGGCGGCCCGGACAGUGUGCGCCCCCACCCCCUGCGCCCCCGUCUCGGACGGAACAUGGCCCUUAGCGCGAGCGCGGCCGCCGGCACGACCUGCGCCCAGGGCGGCGGGUCCGAGGCGGCUCUCGCGGAGGGUGGAAGCGCCGCCGCGCCGUCCUCCGCCUCCUCCUCCUCCUCCUCGGCGGGCCCGGGCUCGGCCAUGGAGUCGGGGCUGCUCCCCAACCACACACUGAAAGCCGCUGGCGAAGCCCCCGCCGCGCCCCACCAGCAGCACCACCACCGUGCCCACCGCCACCACCAUGCCCACCACCUCCUCCGCCGCCACGCGCUGCCGCCGCCGCUGAGCCCGUUCCAGCCGCCGCCGCCGCCGCCCGUGGCGGCCAACAACGGCCUCGGCGGCGCGGCGCAGCCCGGCCCCGACAUGGAGCCGCCGCAACAUGGAGGCGCCAAGGACAGUGCCGCGGGCGGCCAGGCCGACCCGGGCCCGCCUCUGCCGGGCCCGCCGGGCGACGAGGACGACGCGCCGCCCAAGAUGGGGGAGCCGGCGGGCGGCCGCUACGAGCACCCGGGCCUGGGCACCCUGGGCGCGCCGCAGCCGCCGGGGGCCGGGCCCGGGGGCGGCCCCGAGUUCGGUCAUUACUACGGUGGCGCCGGCCCUGCGAGCGGCGGCCGCGCCGGGCCCGGCUUUGAUCAACAUGGCGGACAACAAAGCGCCGCGCUGGGGGUGAUGCACGCCGCUCCGGCCGCCGCCGCCCCCGGCGGCAUGGACCCCCUGCACAACUCCCACGAAGGGUACCCCAGCAGCCAGUACAACCAUUAUCCGGGCUACGGCCGACCCGGCGCGGGCGGCGGCGGCAGCGGAGGAGGAGGAGGAGGAGGAGGAGGUGGAGGAGGAGGAGGAGGAGGAGGAGGCAACGCAGGAGGAGGAGGAGGAGGAGGAGGAGCAGGAGCGGGAGCUGUGGCGGCGGCGGCCGCGGCGGCGGCAGCAGCAGCAGGAGGCGGCGGCGGCGGCUAUGGGGGCUCGUCCUCGGGGUACGGGGUGCUGAACUCCCCCCGGCAGCAGGGCGGCGGCAUGAUGAUGGGCCCCGGCGGCGGCGGGGCCGCGAGCCUCAGCAAGGCGGCCGCCGGCGCGGCGGCGGGGGGCUUCCAGCGCUUCGCCGGGCAGAACCAGCACCCGUCGGGGGCCACCCCGACCCUCAACCAGCUGCUCACCUCGCCCAGCCCCAUGAUGAGGAGCUACGGCGGCGGCUACCCCGACUACAGCAGCCCCAGCGCGCCGCCGCCGCCGGCGCAGCCCCAGUCCCAGGCGGCGGGGGCGGGCGGCCAGCAGGCGGCCGCGGGCAUGGGCUUGGGCAAGGACAUGGGCGCCCAGUACGCCGCCGCCAGCCCGGCCUGGGCGGCCGCGCAACAAAGGAGCCACCCGGCGAUGAGCCCGGGCACCCCGGGCCCCGGCAUGGGCCGAUCCCAGGGCAGCCCGAUGGAUCCCAUGGUGAUGAAGAGGCCUCAGUUGUAUGGGAUGGGCAGUAACCCUCAUUCUCAGCCUCAGCAGAGCAGCCCUUACCCUGGAGGUUCCUACGGCCCCCCAGGCCCACAGCGGUAUCCUAUCGGCAUCCAAGGGCGGACCCCAGGGGCCAUGGGAGGAAUGCAGUAUCCACAGCAGCAGAUGCCGCCUCAGUAUGGACAGCAAGGUGUGAGUGGUUACUGCCAGCAGGGCCAGCAGCCAUAUUACAACCAGCAGCCGCAGCCUCCGCACCUGCCUCCGCAGGCGCAGUACCUGCCAUCCCAGUCCCAGCAGAGGUACCAGCCGCAGCAGGACAUGUCUCAGGAAGGCUAUGGAACUAGGUCCCAACCUCCUCUGGCUCCUGGGAAACCUAACCAUGAAGACCUGAACCUGAUUCAGCAAGAAAGGCCGUCAAGUUUACCAGACCUGUCAGGCUCCAUCGACGACCUCCCCACGGGAACGGAAGCGACCCUGAGCUCCGCAGUCAGUGCAUCGGGCUCCACGAGCAGCCAAGGGGAUCAGAGCAACCCGGCCCAGUCGCCUUUCUCUCCACACGCAUCCCCCCAUCUCUCCAGCAUCCCCGGGGGCCCGUCGCCUUCUCCCGUGGGCUCGCCUGUAGGAAGCAACCAGUCACGAUCAGGCCCAAUUUCUCCUGCAAGUAUUCCAGGCAGCCAGAUGCCCCCCCAGCCUCCUGGGAGCCAGUCAGAAUCGAGUUCCCAUCCUGCCCUGAGCCAGUCACCAAUGCCACAGGAAAGAGGUUUCAUGGCCGGCACACAAAGAAACCCCCAGAUGUCUCAGUAUGGCCCUCAGCAGACAGGCCCGUCCAUGUCGCCUCACCCCUCUCCUGGGGGCCAGAUGCAUCCUGGGAUGAGCAGCUUUCAGCAGAGCAACUCGAGUGGGACGUACGGUCCACAGAUGAGCCAGUAUGGACCACAAGGUAACUACUCCAGACCCCCUACGUAUAGUGGGGUGCCCAGUGCAAGCUACAGCGGCCCGGGGCCUGGUGUGGGCAUCAAUGCCAACAACCAGAUGCAUGGGCCAGGGCCAGGCCAGCCGUGUGGUGCUAUGCCCCUGGGACGAAUGCCAUCAGCCGGGAUGCAGAACAGACCGUUUCCUGGAAACAUGAGCAGCAUGACCCCCAGCUCUCCUGGCAUGGCUCAGCAGGGCGGGCCAGGAAUGGGGCCACCGAUGCCGACCGUGAACCGUAAGGCACAGGAGGCAGCCGCCGCAGUGAUGCAGGCCGCUGCCAACUCAGCACAAAGCAGGCAAGGCAGCUUCCCGGGCAUGAACCAGAGCGGACUCAUGGCUUCCAGCUCUCCCUACAGCCAGCCCAUGAACAACAGCUCGGGGCUGAUGAACACGCAGGCGCCGCCCUACAGCAUGACGCCCAACAUGGUGAACAGCUCCACAGCAUCUAUGGGUCUUGCAGAUAUGAUGUCUCCUGGCGAAUCCAAGCUGCCGCUGCCUCUCAAAGCCGACGGGAAGGAAGAAGGCCCUCCGCAGCCCGAGAGCAAGGCGAAGGAUAGCUACAGCUCUCAGGGUAUUUCUCAGCCCCCCACCCCCGGCAACCUGCCAGUCCCCUCCCCAAUGUCCCCCAGCUCUGCUAGCAUCUCCUCAUUUCAUGGAGAUGAGAGCGAUAGCAUUAGCAGCCCGGGCUGGCCCAAGACUCCAUCAAGCCCUAAGUCCAGCUCGUCCACCACCACGGGGGAGAAGAUCACCAAGGUGUAUGAGCUGGGGAGCGAGCCGGAGAGGAAGCUGUGGGUCGACCGCUAUCUGACCUUCAUGGAGGAGAGGGGCUCCCCUGUCUCCAGCCUGCCCGCCGUGGGCAAGAAGCCGCUGGACCUGUUCCGGCUCUAUGUCUGCGUCAAAGAGAUCGGAGGUUUGGCCCAGGUCAAUAAAAACAAGAAGUGGCGUGAGCUGGCAACCAACCUAAAUGUUGGCACUUCGAGCAGUGCGGCGAGCUCCCUGAAAAAGCAGUACAUCCAGUACCUGUUUGCCUUCGAGUGCAAGAUCGAGCGCGGGGAGGAGCCCCCGCCGGAAGUCUUCAGCGCCGCCGAGACCAAGAAGCAGCCCAAGCUGCAGCCGCCAUCUCCCGCUAAUUCCGGAUCCUUGCAAGGUCCACAGACCCCCCAGUCAACUGGCAGCAAUUCGAUGGCAGAGGUUCCAGGUGACCUGAAGCCGCCGACUCCGGCCUCCACCCCUCAUGGACAGAUGACCCCGAUGCCAGGUGGAAGAAGCAGUACAGUCAGUGUGCACGACCCAUUCUCAGACGCGGGCGACUCAUCGUUCCCAAAACGGAACUCCAUGACUCCGAGCGCCCCGUACCAGCAGGGCAUGAGCAUGCCCGACGUGAUGGGCAGGGUGCCCUACGAGCCCAACAAGGACCCCUUUGGCGGGAUGAGAAAAGUGCCUGGAGGCAGCGAGCCCUUCAUGUCGUCGCAAGGCCCGAUGCCCACGAGCAGUAUGCAGGACAUGUACAACCAGAGUCCCUCCGGGGCCAUGUCCAGCCUGGGCAUGGGGCAGCGGCAGCAGUUCCCCUACGGAGCCACCUACGACCGGAGGCAUGAACCCUACGGGCAGCAGUACCCGGGCCAAGGCCCACCCUCAGGACAGCCGCCGUACGGAGGACACCAGCCGGGCCUGUACCCGCAGCAGCCGAACUACAAGCGCCACAUGGACGGCAUGUACGGCCCUCCCGCCAAGCGCCACGAGGGGGACAUGUACAGCGUGCAGUACGGCGGCCAGCAGCCCGAGAUGUACAACCAGUACGGCGGCUCCUACUCCGGGCCCGAGCGCAGGCCCCUGCAGGGCCAGUACGCGUACCCCUACGGCAGAGAGCGGGUGCAGGGCCCGGGCCAGAUGCCGCCGCACGGCAUCCCCCCGCAGAUGAUGGGCGGCCCCCUGCCGCCGGCCUCCGGGGAAGGGCCGCAGCAGAGCCUGUGGGCGGCUCGGAAUGAUAUGCCUUACCCCUACCAGGGCAGGCAGGGCCCCGGCGGCCCCGCCCAGGCCCCCCCCUACCCAGGCAUGAGCCGCACGGAUGACAUGAUGGUCCCUGACCAGAGGAUAAAUCACGAGAGCCAGUGGCCUUCCCACGUCAGCCAGCGUCAGCCUUACAUGUCCUCCUCGGCCUCCAUGCAGCCCAUCACGCGCCCGCCUCAGUCGUCCUACCAGACGCCGCCGUCACUGCCAAACCACAUCUCCCGAGCGCCCAGCCCCGCCUCCUUCCCGCGCGCCCUGGAGAGCCGCAUGUCCCCCAGCAAGUCCCCCUUCCUGCCCUCCAUGAAGAUGCAGAAGGUCAUGCCCACCGUCCCCGCGCCCCAGGUCACGGGGCCGCCCCCCCAGCCGCCCCCGAUCCGAAGGGAGAUCACCUUCCCGCCUGGCUCCGUGGAAGCGUCCCAGCCGGUCCUGAAGCAGAGACGGAAGAUUACCUCGAAGGACAUCGUUACCCCGGAGGCGUGGCGUGUGAUGAUGUCCCUGAAGUCAGGUCUCUUGGCUGAAAGUACCUGGGCUUUGGACACUAUAAAUAUCCUCCUGUAUGAUGACAGCACUGUCGCUACGUUCAACCUCUCCCAGUUGUCCGGAUUUCUGGAACUUUUAGUCGAGUACUUUAGGAAAUGCCUGAUUGACAUUUUUGGAAUUCUUAUGGAAUAUGAAGUGGGAGACCCCAGCCAAAAAGCACUUGACCACAACGCAGUGAAGAAAGAGGAGGGCCAGGCCUGGGCCGACGAGUGUGGGGGAGAGGAGGAAGCUGCGGAAUGCAUGGAGGAGGACGAGGACGAGGAGGAGGAGGCAGAGGAGGAAGAUGGUGCAGAGGCCGAGGCCGAGGCCGAGGAGAAGGGCAGCGCGGCCUUGAGCCCCUCGGACGCCGCGGCCGAGCCGAAGGAGAAGCCCAGGCAAGCCAGCAAGUUCGACAAGCUGCCCAUCAAGAUCGUCAAGAAGAACAACCUGUUCGUGGUGGACCGCUCCGACAGGCUGGGCCGCGUGCAGGAGUUCAGCAGCGGCCUCCUGCACUGGCAGCUGGGCGGCGGCGACACCACCGAGCACAUCCAGACGCACUUCGAGAGCAAGAUGGAGAUCCCUCCGCGCCGCCGGCCGCCGCCCGCCCCCGCCCCCGCCGCCGCCGCCGCGGGCCCCAGGAAGGAGCCGGAGGGCGCGGGCGAGCCGGAGGAGCCGCCGGAGAAGAGCAUCAUUGCGACCAUCGACGACGUCCUGUCCGCGCGGCCGGGGGCGCUGCCGGAGGACGCCAACCCCGGGGCCCCGCCCGACAGCGGCAAGUUCCCCUUCGGCAUCCACCAGGCCCGCAGCCACCGCAACAUCAAGCUGCUGGAGGACGAGCCGCGCAGCCGCGACGAGACGCCGCUCUGCACCGUGGCGCACUGGCAGGACUCCCUGGCCAAGCGCUGCAUCUGCGUGUCCAACAUCGUCCGCAGCCUGUCCUUCGUGCCUGGCAACGACGCCGAGAUGUCCAAACACCCGGGCCUGGUGCUGAUCCUGGGCAAGCUCAUCCUCCUGCACCACGAGCACCCGGAGCGGAAGCGGGCGCCGCAGACCUACGAGAAGGAGGAGGACGAGGACAAGGGGGUGGCCUGCAGCAAAGACGAGUGGUGGUGGGACUGCCUCGAGGUCUUGCGGGACAACACGCUGGUCACGUUGGCCAACAUCUCCGGGCAGCUGGACCUGUCUGCGUACACGGAGAGCAUCUGCCUGCCCAUCCUGGACGGCUUGCUGCACUGGAUGGUGUGCCCCUCGGCGGAGGCGCAAGACCCCUUCCCCACGGUGGGGCCCAACUCCGUGCUGUCGCCGCAGAGACUCGUGCUGGAGACGCUCUGUAAGCUGAGCAUCCAGGACAAUAACGUGGACCUGAUCCUGGCCACGCCGCCCUUCAGCCGGCAGGAGAAGUUCUACGCUACGUUAGUUCGGUACGUGGGGGAUCGCAAAAACCCGGUCUGUCGAGAGAUGUCCAUGGCGCUCUUGUCGAACCUGGCCCAAGGGGACACGCUGGCCGCGAGGGCCAUCGCCGUGCAGAAGGGCAGCAUCGGGAACCUGAUCAGCUUCCUGGAGGACGGGGUGACCAUGGCCCAGUACCAGCAGAGCCAGCACGGCCUCAUGCACAUGCAGCCGCCGCCGCUGGAGCCGCCCAGCGUGGACAUGAUGUGCCGCGCGGCCAAGGCGCUGCUGGCCAUGGCCCGCGUGGACGAGAACCGCUCCGAGUUCCUGCUGCACGAGGGCCGGCUGCUGGACAUCUCCAUCUCGGCCGUGCUGAACUCGCUGGUGGCGUCCGUCAUCUGUGACGUUCUCUUCCAGAUCGGGCAGUUAUGACCCCGGCGAGGAGGCCGCCCCAGUGACUGAGGCCCCGUGCACCCGGCUGUUUUCUGUCUGGUCUCCGGCAGGAAGAAGGAAAAGAAAACGUGUGCUCUGCCCCGUUCAUAUUUACCAAUUGGGAAUUAAAGAGAUCAUUAAUUCGAACAGUUAUGAAAUUAAUAAUUGCUGUCUGUGUGUAUAAGUACAUCUGUUGGGUUUUUUUAAUUUUUUUUUUUAACCAAAGUUGCUGUCCAGUGCAUUCAGAGGUCACUUUUUGUUUUUCACAGAUUUUCUUUUUGAUGUUCUUUAUUUUCCAUGUUGUAUUGCAUUUUUUGGGAAGCAAAUUGACUUUAAAGAAAAAAAGUUGUGGCAAAAGAUGCUAAGAUGGGAAAUUUUCACCACACUGAGGCAAAAAGGUGAACACCCAUCCCUAUCCCAGGCUGUUAUCCUUCAGAUAAUGGAAUAAAGCUGUCCCAUCGCCCAAAGCGCUGUGCAAUAGAAACUGCUAGAAGGGUAGUCUCGGGGCUCAAGGAGGUGUGUCAGUCAGUAGUCAGACUAGGAACGAUACCGGUUUCUCCACAGGAAAAUGGUCACCUUAGGCUAGGAGCAAUACUAAUGGGUUUUUAAGUUAAGGUUGGAAAUAAGUACCUGACAACGAUCAACGGAAAUUGCUUCCUCACCACUACGUCAUGUCUGCUGUCUGUCUUUGACCUUCCACAUGACAGUUCUUCACAAUUCCUUUAAUCAUUUUUUAAAUAUUUUUUUUACCGCCUAUGGGCUGUGAUGUAUAUAGAAGUUGUACAUUAAACAUACCCUCAUUUUUUUUCUUUUUUUUUCUUUUUUUUUUUUAGUACAAAGUUUUUAGUUUCUUUUUCAUGAUGUGGUAACUACAAAGUGAUGGUAGAUUUUAAAUAAUUUUUAUUUUUAUUUUAUAUAUUUUUUCAUUAGGGCCAUAUCUCCAAAAAAAAAGAAAAAAUACAAAAACAAAAACAAAAAAAAAGAGGGUAAUGUACAAGUUUCUGUAUGUAUAAAGUCAUGCUCUAUUUCGGGAGAGCAGCUGAUCACCAUUUGCUUCAUGAAUCAAGGUGUGAAAAUGGUUGCGUACGGAUUGAUUUAGAAAAUGGUCACCAGUACAGACAAAAAAGAGAAAAAUACAAAUAAAAGGAAGAAAUACAACUUCAAAGAUUUUUCAGUGACGAGAAUCCACAUUUGUAUUUCAAGAUAAUGUAGUUUAAAAAAAAAAAAAGAAAAAAAUCUUGAUGUAAAUUCCUCCUUUUCCUCUGGCUUAAUGAAUAUCAUUUAUUCAGUAUAAAAUCUUUAUAUGUUCCACAUGUUAAGAAUAAAUGUACAUUAAAUCUUGUUAAGCACUGUGAUGGGUGUUCUUGAAUACUGUUCUAGUUUCCUUGAAGUGGUGUUCUGGUACCCAGGCAUUGGUAAGAUACAGGGGAGUGCAGCCGUGCACUAACCACGGCACUCGUCACAAACCGUGAGGUCGAAAGGGACCCUGAGGGGUUACCGACUAGAGUGGGGAGCAACAGUUUGACUUUCUCAGAAUUAUUUAGCUGAUUAGCCUUGGUUUGAAGCAAUCAACUCUAACGCCAUGGAGGUCUGAGACUUUCCAGUGUACACGGGCGGUGGCUGCUGGCCCGGGAGGCGAGGCCUCGGGAGCGCUCCGGCCUGAGUGAGACUCUGCCUUUUACUAACCCGUCUUAAUUUUAACCCGAGUUCAAUCUAUUCCGUGUUUCUUCUGUGUGCCUCAGAGUUAUUUUGCCUUUAGUUUACUCCACCGUGUAUAAUAUUUAUAUUGUGCAAUGUUAAAAAGAAUAUGUUCUAUUGUAUGUGGUGUACAUAGUGCAAAGUGAUUAUUUCUAUUUCAGGGCAUAUUAAUAUUCUCAUAUUCCUUCCUACCUGGUGCACAGUAGCUUUUUAAUACUAGUCGUUUCUAAUUUAAACGUUUCCUUCCUGGGUCAUUGACUGUUACUGUGUCGCAAUCACUCUGAAACUGCUGCAGAAUGAAGCUGUCAGUGGGCACCCUCUUAAGUCUACCUCUUCACACACCCUCCCGGCACCGCAUACCAAACUCCGAGUCCUCCGCCGGGCCUGUGGUCCGGGCGCCCGUCACUCAUGCUCACCCUGGGAAGAGUUAGGCAAGAGCUCACAGUUCUAAUCCGAGUGAGACGUGACCCUCGAGUGUCACAAGGAAAAUUUUUCUGCAAGCAGCCUCAUCCGUCAGCGCCCACAUCACUUAGUCUUCUUACAUAGCCAUCAGCCAAAUGUGUGGUGAAUUAAAAACCCAUUCAUAAUCUACUUGAAAUACAUCUGCUUGCUUAAGAACAGAUUUUAGAGCUCCAAGCUUCAAAUACAGAGAUUUGUAAGAGGGGAUUCAAUAUUAUUAGAACUUCUCUCUUAUAGAGUAUGAAUAAAAGGUGUAUACAAACUU